CGAUGUGUACGCGGAUGGCGUCUCGCGUUAUCAUUAGAGGGGCUUUCAUUUGCCUCUGAUACGCUGAGGACGACAAGCUGAAUCGUUUUUUGCUCGUAAAGUGUCUGUGCAAUUCGCGUGUAGUGGUUGUUGAAUCAAGAUACGCGCAGGAAACAUUUCAAAUUUAGAUACAAUCAAUUUUGUGCGGUAGCAGUAGUUGAACGCACGCGCACGCGCACACACACACACACGCGCGCGCUCACACAGCUCGCCGGCGGCUUCGAGAGAAAGAGAUGAGGCGGACCUUUGGCGCGUUGUUAAACGGCAGCCGGCGCCAACUGGCCUCAGGCGCUGCUGUCGCUGCUACACGCACGCAGCCCGAACUCACGGCCGUCAGAUACAAGGUCAAGCGAGGGCCUUACGCCCUCAUCAAUGAUCAACACGCCGCCUUCUUCCAGCAACUGCUAGGCAACGAGAGGGUCAUCACCGAGCCUGACGAGUGCGACACUUACAAUAUCGAUUGGUUGAGGAUUGUCAAAGGCUCGAGCCGGGCAGUGUUGAAACCAAAGAGCACCGAGGAGGUCUCCGAGAUUCUACGUUACUGCGACCAGGAGAAACUUGCCGUUUGCCCACAGAGCGGUAAUACUGGAUUGGUCGGUGGAAGUGUGCCUGUAUUCGAUGAGGUCGUCGUCUCGAUGCGGCUCAUGAAUCAGAUCAUCGACACUGAUCAGUUAGCUGGCACGCUGGUGUGCGAGGCAGGUUGCGUCUUGCAGACCCUCGACGAGCAUCUGAACCGCCACGGCAUGAUGAUGCCGAUUGACCUUGGAGCUAAGGGCAGCUGUUUGAUCGGCGGUAACGUCUCCACCAACGCCGGUGGCCUGCGGCUAUUGCGCUACGGUAACCUACACGGAAACAUUUUGGGACUGGAAGCCGUGCUAGCGAACGGCAAGGUGGUGGACUGCAUGAACACGCUGAAGAAGGACAACACGGGUUACGAUCUGAAACACUUGUUCAUCGGCUCGGAGGGGACUCUCGGGGUCGUUACGAAGGUGGCUAUUCAGUGUCCCACGAUGCCCAAGGCCAUAAACCUCGCCUUUCUGGGCAUGAAAAGCUUCGACAAAGUGCUGCAAGCGUACAGCACAGCGAAGAGAGAUGUGGCGGAGAUACUGUCGUCGUGCGAGAUGAUUGACCGCGCGUCAGUGGAGAGUGCGAGGGACGCGCUGGGCUUGAGAAGUCCUUUGUCGUCCGAGCACGAGUUCUACGUCCUGAUCGAGACAGCCGGUAGCCAACUGUCGCACGACGAGGAGAAACUUACCGCCUUUUUGGAGAAGGUCAUGGCCGAUGGUAUUGCUGACGAUGGCACUGUUACCUCGGAGCCGAGCAAGAUCAGGAACAUCUGGGAGCUGAGGGAGAGAUUAACCGAGGCCCUGACGAAGGAAGGCUAUCUGUUUAAGUAUGACGUCUCGCUGCCCAUGGCGCACUUCUACUCGAUAGUCCCGGUGUUACGCGAACGACUCCGAGACUGCGGGGACGUGCGCUUCGUCAACGGCUUCGGCCAUUUGGGCGACGGCAACGUGCACGUGCAAGUCGGCACCCGCGACUACGACGCGCGAGUGAACGAUCUGCUGGAGCCCUUCGUCUUCGAGUACACGUCCAAGCUGCGCGGCAGCGUGAGCGCCGAGCACGGCAUCGGAUUCAAGAAGGCCAAGUUUCUGCACUACAGCAAGGACGAGUCGGCAAUCGAGCUGAUGCGUCUCAUGAAACGCACCAUGGAUCCCAACGGCAUACUCAAUCCCUACAAAGUUAUUUGCUGAGGCGCUUGCUGCCGACUGCUGCCUUGUUAUAUAUGUAUGCGCGCACACAGACAGAGGUUAUUUUCCUCUUUCUUUCCUUUUUCUUCCCUCUUUCUUUCCUUGUGCAACCUGUAUUGUUGUGUCUUUCUUUCUUCUGUUACUUUUUUGCGAAGGGGAGCCGAAUGUGUGUAUUGUUAUAUCGCAUUUGUAAAUCAUAGAAAACUUACUAAAAUGGUGACUUAUACAUUCCGAAAUUAACGUUGCUCAAUUGCAAAUCAUUGUCAGGACGACAGUUUGACAUUCCAGUGGCGUUAUGCACGUCGAAUGUUUCAUUGGAAAAGCAAUGUAGCAUCGAGCUGAGAUUACAUGUACAGUAGAACGAUGUUUUGCGAUUGUCGCUACUAGCCUAAGCUACCGUAAGUGCUAUUGUUGAUGUUGUUGUGUAGCCGUGGAUGCGUAAAGCUGAUGUCAUUGCCGCUGAAAUAAACCGCGUGCACGCGCUACGAAACGUAACGUUUUUCAUUG